AUGAGCAGCGCUUUGGUGGAAUCUCCGCGCUCCUUUGGCGACAUGAUGCGAGCUCCUGUGCUACUCUACAGGACGAUUGGCGAGGACAUCUAUGCACAUCGCUCAACGAAUGCUUUAAACUCGCUUCUGCUCAAGAUUUACUUGUAUGCGGGAUUCAUCAACUUCAAUCUGCUCGUCUGUGGUGAACUGGUUUUCUUCUACAAAUCGAUGCAGGACUUUGAGACUGUCCGACUCGCAAUUGCGGUUGCUCCCUGUAUUGGAUUCUCACUCGUGGCGGACUUUAAACAGUUCACCAUGGUGUUGUACAAGGGAACACUGACUCGUCUGCUUGACGAACUGGAAGAGAUGCAUCCCAAGACUCUGGCCCAGCAACGUGCCUUCAAAAUGGAGGAUUUCGAACGCACCAUGAGACGAGUCAUCGGCAUCUUCACCUUUUUAUGUCUGGCUUAUACAACCACAUUCUCUUUUUAUCCGGCUGUUAAGGCAACGAUUAAAUACAAUUUUCUGGGCUAUGAAACCUUCGAUCGCAACUUUGGCUUUCUCAUUUGGUUUCCCUACGAUGCCACGAGUCGCAAUUGGGUUUAUUGGAUCACCUAUUGGGAUAUUGCUCAUGGCGCCUACUUGGCUGGCAUUGCUUUCCUCUGUGCGGAUCUUUUGCUCGUCGUGGUCAUCACACAGCUUUGUAUGCACUUUAGCUUUAUCGCCAAUCGCCUAGAGGAUUAUCCUUGUUAUGAGGAUCGCAAUGCGGAAAAUAUACAGUUCUUGGCAUCGAUGAUAAAGUAUCACGACAAGUGCUUGACUCUCUGCGAGCACAUCAAUCAAAUGUAUAGUUUCUCAUUGUUGCUCAACUUUUUGAUGGCUUCAAUGCAGAUUUGUUUCAUAGCCUUUCAAGUGACUGAGUCGACGAUAGAAGUUAUUCUCAUCUACUGCAUUUUUCUGAUGACAUCCAUGGUGCAAGUAUUUCUAGUAUGCUACUACGGAGAUGCUUUAAUAGCUGCAAGUCUUCGAGUUGGAGAUGCUGCCUACAAUCAAAAUUGGUUUCAGUGCAGCAAAACUUAUUGCGUAUUGCUGAAGAUGAUGAUAAUGCGCAGUCAGAAGCCAGCUAUGAUAAGACCCCCAACAUUUCCACCUAUUUCACUGGUUACCUAUAUGAAGGUAAUUAGCAUGUCGUAUCAGUUCUUUGCUUUACUGCGAACAACCUACUACAGGAAUUAA